GAUCCUCAAAUCUCAGCUCGCCCGGGUUAAUGAUUGAAAGCGUGAACUUAGUACUUGAGCGUGGAGUUUGGAGUCUGGCCUCCACUACGAUACAUAUUACUUUAGUAUUCCCGAGAGCUUGUCCUCUUUUUCUGUCUCCGAAGUGCUGCUCAGUCACCAACUUCUGCUGUCUGUCCACACGGAGAGCGCACUAUGUUAAAGCUAAGCUUACUUUUGCUCUGCGCUCUAGCAUCUUUCCUGUCUGUCUCCGCUAAAGCUGGGCCCAGGCUGAGCGGGGGACAGCUGUAUAAAUUCGGCUAUUCCACGGAGGUGCAGCUGGACCGCGAGCGCGGCACGGCGGGCGGGGCCGCGGGGUACAGGAUCUCCUCCUCUGUGGGCAUCAGCCUGGCCUGGAGGGGCCCCGCCGGCCCCGACGACCAGCUGCUCAGAGUCACCAUCAGCGACGUGGAGAUAGAGACCGCCACUCCUCGCCCGGACAAGGACAACAUCUUCCUGGACACGCCGACGCAGAAGAUCCUGGGCACGGCCAACCUGGCAGCCCUGGAGCGCCCGUUCCUGGUGCACCUGAAGCUGGGCAAGGUGAGGGGUCUGUACUCCUAUCAGGACGAGCUCUCCGCCAUCAGGAACCUGAAGAGGGGCGUGGCCGGGCUUCUGCAGCUACAGCUGACUUCUGGGAAAAGGCAGGAGGUGGAUGCGUCCGGGCGGUGCAUGGUGGAGUACACAGUGGGGAAGGAUCGUGUGACGCGGGUGAAGGCGGUGGACACCUGUAGAACCCUGGAGAAGGGCUUCUCCACCCACAGCCAGGUGCUGGGCGUGUCCCAGAGGUCCUCCUCCGUCACAGAGUUCACCCUGGAGGACGGCUUCAUCAAGAGCGCCGUGUCUGAGGAGACGCACGUGCUGUCUGUCAACGUCCGCCGCACCGCCGCCACCAAGGUCGUGUCCCGCCAAUCGCUGACGCUGCUGAGCAAAGAGGAAGGACCGCAGGCAGCUGCUGGAGAGGACGUCCUGGCUGUCGUCCAAUCGCUGGACAGCGAGUUUGUGGCCAUCACUGUUCUCCCAGAGAGGGUGAAGACCAAAUGCAAGACCUGCCCGACGCUCUGGGAUCACUGGCGGGCGGUGCACACGCAGUUUGAGCCGGAGAGGCUGUCCAAGGCCACUUCCUCCCGCCACUUCCUGUCCCUCCUCCACACCGUCAGGAAGUCCUCCAAGGAGGACAUCCUCGCCGUGAUGAAGAACUGCAGCAAGACUGCCCUGCCCCAGGUGGUGGACACGGUGACCUCAGCGCAGACCCCCGCCUCGCUCGACGCCGUUCUCUCCUUCCUCAACUUCUCUGACGCGCGCGGCCUGGUGCUGCAGGAGCGCUUCCUGUACGCCUGCGGCUUCGCCUCACACCCCACUGAGGACAUGCUGCACGCCCUGCUGGCACUGUGGAAGGGGCAUAUCGGCAGCACUGAGAUCAGGGAGUCGGUGAUGAUCAUCAUGGGUGCUCUGGUUCGCAAACUCUGCCAGAAGGGCGGCUGUGAGCUUCCGACGGUGCAGGAGGUGAAGCAGCUGAUGCUGGCGGGUCCAGGCGGUGCUGAGGAAGAGGAGCAGGUGCAGAUGUACCUGCUCGCGCUGAAGAACGCCAUGCUGCCCGAGGCAAUCCCACUGCUCACACACUUCUCCGAGUCCGAGGUGGGGGCCUUCAGCAUCAUCGCCAUCACCGCCCUGCAGAGAUACCACUCCUCCCUCAUCACUGCCGAGGUGAAAGAGACGCUGAACCGCGUCUACCACCAGACCCGGCGGAUCUACGAGAAGAACGUGCGGGCGGCGGCCGCCGACGUCAUCCUGAGCUGCGAGCCCUCCUACAUGGCGGUGCAGAACCUGCUGCUCUCCAUCGGGCACCUGCCCCACGAGAUGAACAAGUACAUGCUCUCCAAGGUCCACGACAUCCUGCACUUCCAGAUGCCCGCCAGCACCAUGGUGCGGCGGGUGAUGAAAGACAUGAUCUCCCACAACUACGACCGCUUCUCCAAAGUGGGCUCCUCCUCCGCCUACUCCGGCUUCAUGGCGCGUGCGGAGGACAUCACCUCCACCUACAGCCUGGACAUCCUGUACUCGGGUUCUGGAAUCCUCCGCAGGAGCAACAUGAACAUCCAUGCCUUCAGCCAGGGGGCUCACCUGCACGGCCUGCAGGUGGCGAUUGAGGCGCAGGGUCUGGAGGGCAUGAUCGGGGCCAUGGCUGACGAGGGGGAGGAGGACCUGGAGAGCUUCGCCGGGAUGUCCGCCGUGCUCCUCGACGUCCAGCUCCGCCCCGUCACCUUCUUCAAGGGCUACAGCGACCUCAUGUCCAAGAUGUUCUCUCUCUCUGGGGACCCCAUGAGCGUGGUCAAGGGCCUCAUCCUGCUCACCGACCACUCCCAGGUUCUCCGGUUGCAGUCCGGGCUGAAGGCCAGUGUGGAGUUCCAGGGCGGACUGGCCAUCGACAUCUCCGGCGGCAUGGAGUUCAGCCUCUGGUACCGGGAGUCAAAGACCAGCGUCAACAACAGGGGCGCCCUGGUGGUGGUGGGCAGCGUUGCCGUGGAUAUGGACCUGAUGCGUGCGGCGGUGGAGGUCAGCUUUGAGACCGAGGCCUCGCUGGACUUCAUCACCACCGUGCAGUUCUCCGAGUACCCCUUCCUGGUCUGCAUGCAGAUGGACAAGGCCACCUUCCCCCUCAGGUACGACCACACCACACUCACCUGUCUGCUCAGGGAGUUUGUGACGAAGGAGGAGAGCUUGUGGUCGGGGAAGAGCUUCGCCUCCCAUCGUGGCCGCAAGGAGCGCAUUCCCGGCUCGGAAUUCCCUCUGCACCAGGAGAACUCCAACAUGUGCAAGAGAGUGUUCGAGGCCUCCUGGUAGAGCCCCCUCUGGUGGCGGGGAGGGGGUGGUGCAUUUCUCACUGGGAUUGUGGCGCACUGGUUCAGCCUAUCGGAGGCAAGGUUUGGGAUAAACCCCGCCCCAACCGCCCCACCCCUCCCUUCUCUCCCGAGUUGUGGAACUAUUUAUUGUACAGGAAGACACUGAGGAAUAUAUUCAUCUCAGCUACAAUGUGAACAGGUGUAGAAAAAGGAAAGUCACAUUUUUAAACUACAAACAACAUGUUUACAUACUGUAUUUAGAAUUAUUUAAAAAAAAUUUGUUUUUGUUUUGUUUUGUGAGAGAAAAUGACGCAUGUUAUUCACAUCAGGAGGUUUCAUAAGUGCCUUUUCCACUGUCCUGUGGAAGCACACAUCCUCUCAAUCCCCGUAGAUAGCAUUCAGGUGGCAGCCUCUAAAAUAUUCACAUAUGAUUGUAAAUAUGACAGGCAACAGGCUACGCUGUAGGAAAAUAACUGCCGUACAGUAGUAGGUUACAGUAGCAUGUUCCAGUGAGCUGAUUAGUCUUAUUUUCUAUUGUGGUAAAAAAAAAAAGGAAUUUAGUUUGAAAAGAAGAAGAGAUUUGGGGUCAGGGCGAUCCACACACGCUCAUGUUCAUGACCUCUCUGUCCCGCUGUGGAUGAGCUGUGAUUACGGCCCCAAUUAGACACGGACUGUUCCCUUCUAAAAUACUGUGUGUUUGCUUGUUUGGAUGGACCCCCCCUCCCCAAUCAAUCGAUAGUUUUUUUGUCAAAUCACAGGAAAACCAGGGUAUUAGAAUGAAUUCGCUGCUUGAAGGCGAUUGCCUCGUGAGAUUGUUUUUAAUUACUCCCAAAUGUGCCUUAGAAAAUGUUCAUUACUUAAAGUAUUGUUUUGGAUAUUUAUUUCCAAAUUCUGCUGCUUUAGCCCCUCCCCCUCUCCUCCCCCGGCUUGCACAUCAGUGCUGCUUCCUGAUUGCCCAGCAUGCACUGCUUGUGUAGUUGUCGAGGGCAGCACGAGGGCCCUAACUUCUUAUUUUGCCUGAUGCUUUUUUUCAAAGUGCCUUACAUUUCGGCUAAGCAGGGGACAAUCUCAAUGACACCCCCCCCCCCCCCCCCAACUCACUGU